CGCCGGGCCGCCCCUGUCCAGUCCGCGCAGGGCCGCCAGGCCCCCCUCCAGCCGGGGCCGUGGAGCACCGGGGCAAAGGCCGGGGCCCCCCCAUGAAGGAGCGCGACUCGGCCCCGGCCGAGCGGGGCAAGCCGGCCACCUACACCGGGGACAAGAAGGCGAAGAUGGCGGCCAAGACCAACAAGAAGUGGGUCCGGCUCGCCACCGUGUUCGCCUACGUGCUCUCCGUGUCACUGGCCGCCAUCGUCCUCGCCGUCUACUACAGCCUCAUCUGGCAGCCGGUGGGCGCCGGGACCUCGGGCGGAGCCUCCGGCCCGCCCCCCGGCGGCUCCAACGCCACCGGCCCGUCGGGGACUUCGGGGGCGGCGGCGGGGCCCAACACCACCACCCGAUCGUCCCGCCGCGAGGCGCCGCGCGACGCGCCCCCGCUGCAGGCGGCGCAGCCCGCGCCUCCGGAGCCCCCUGCACGCGGUCCCUCGGCCCCGCCACUCGAGCGGCCGCGGGGGCAGGACGAGGAGGAAGAGGAGGCAGCGGCGGUGCCUGGGAGUCGUUGAACCCCCUUCUGCGCUGGGGAGGUUGGGGGGAGUCGGCGGGGAACGACCCUUUCUCCAAGCCUGGAGGCUGGACUUGGUGGACGGACGGGGAACCCGGGGGGCGGUAUGGCUCCCACUUCCCUGGAAGCCCACCCGCUCACCCUGUGGCCUGCAGCCCGAUCGUAAGCAGCCGAGGGACCGCGAUUCACCAGGGACUCGGGCUGUGUGGUCUUUCUGAGGACAGUUCCGCACCAGGACCCUGAGCCAACAGGGGGUUUGGGGUGAGGGGUGCUGGAGAUCCGCAGCCAGCCACGGAACCCUUCUUCAGCACCUCCUGCUCUGGUGUGCUCCUGCAGGGCUGCCUCGGCUCCCCAGCCGGGGAAGGAGACAGCUUGUUGGGCUCGCUUUUUUUUUUUUUCCUUCUGUUUUAAUUUUUUAAUAAGUGGAAGCUCUCGCCCCAAGAGGAGGGCAUCAAAAAGUAGUGGAGCUCAGGUACGGCAACCUAGUCACACAAGCCAGAGAUGCACUGAAUCUAGAGAUCCCUCUACUUAGAGUUGUGGACGUGUGCAGCUCAAGCUGUAGCCGCAGCAAGUCCCUGAACCCUCCCCAACCCUGGGUGACUGAUGGCAGCAAACAAGGGCUGUGGGUGCCCACCCCCUCCCAAAGCACACCUAGCCAGAAGGGCCAGGACCCGGCUUUGUUUCCUCACCGCCUCCCCCUUCUUUUCAGAGAGAGAGAGGUUUCCAACUUGGCAGAAGUGGGGAGUCAUGGCACGCUGUUGACUGGCCGGCAGACAGCCUUAGAAGUAAAAGCAGCUUAGGGACCCUGGCGAGUGCACUGAUACCACCACUGUCUUCCCGUCCCAGCAUCCACAACCAAAGUGGCUUUCUGUUGCAGCCUCAAGUGUCUGGCCAAGGACCAGGGAGAAAGGAAGGGACCAGCCGGACAGCCAGCUUCCAUAGCUGCCCUCCGAUCACACAAGGGCAGGUGUUUUUUCUAAGAGUGGCUGGCAAGCAUGGCAUUUCCCCCUCCCCCGCCCUGCUCCUUAAGAUCUUCUCUUUUUCUAGAUUUUGUCCUCCCCUUACCCCUCCCCCCAAACAUUGCACCCUGCUCCACUCAAGCUUUUAAUUCACCUUGGUUUUCCCCAUUUCCUGAACCUGUGGUGAUAAAAAAAAAAAAAAAAAAAAUGGCCCUUCCAUGGAGAAGGGAGCAAGAUCUGGAAGUGAGAACUCUGGUUGGUUUCUCUGGUGGUUCCAGGACAGAAGGGCAAGAGGCUGGCCGACAGGCCUGGCAUCCGUGUCUUGCUAACCCUGCCGUGGGAAGGGGAAGCGGGCUUGUCAGUGCUGCCUACAGCUGCACCAGAAAAUGGCAUACAGACAACAGCGUUGGGGCAGCGACUGCGCUCCUUAGAUUCCACUUCCUCUUGCCAUCAGGUAGUGACAAGAUAUGAGGCCCUUUUGUGUUUCCUUUUUGGAAAAUGAAGCACUUUUUUCUUGUUUUUUUUUUUUUAAGACGACAACCAGACCCACCUUGAGUCCUGAAACAGCUUGUCUUUGCAGCCUUCUGGCGCACUGCAGCUCUGAGCCGGGCUGCAGGGUAACAGACUCACUUGGAGCCGUGUCCUGUGGUGGGCACAGCAGCAGAGCUGAGCUGCUCCAGCCCCCCAGCUUGCUGUAGCAGCACCCCCAAGCUCUCUGGCCAAGAGGACAUUUCUUAGCAGCUGACCCAGACUUCAGCCUUUAGGAAACUGAAAGACCUUUUGCAUACAUUUUUUGGGGGGUUGGGGGAAGACUAGAGAGAGAACUGCAAAAUGCCACUUUAUAACUUCAAUAAUAGCUGUAAUUUAUAUAUUUACUGUGUGAAUUUUUAGUCCUAUAUUUUAAUAAUUUGUAAAUUGAUCUCUUAUUCCAAGAAUCGUUUGAACUCACAGGAAGACACCUGGGUGUCCAGUCCCCUGUCCCCUUCCUGAUCCCUGCUUUCUGGACUGUUGAAACCUGCCUGGGGAUGGACCAGAGAGGCCAGCCUGUCGGCGAUCGCUCGCAGAGCCAGCUGCUGACCUCCGCUCUCCCUGAAGCCUUCGCUGGGAUCGGGACUUUGGCUCCAGCCCUAGCCGUGAACAUAACCAGAGACAAUUAUUUAUAACUCAGCCAUUCGAGACACACCUGUACUCAAAAAGUCCUGUAUAUUUUUUAAAAGUUUUAUUUUUCAGGUGAACAAAAAUACAUUCUAAGAACGCUGCCUAA